CCACAAAGCAUAUAUCCAUCAACACAAAUGGCUUCUAAGAUCAAUAUUUUAGUGACUUUCUUAGUCCUCUCUCUUCUUGCUUUCCUUGGCAAUGCACAACUUUCUCCUAAUUUCUAUGGAGCAAGGUGCCCUAAUCUCCAAACCAUUGUACGUGACACAAUGAGGACAGCUGUUGCUAGAGAAGCGCGCCUUGCUGCCUCUAUUCUCCGCUUGCUUUUCCACGAUUGCUUCGUGCAAGGUUGUGAUGCGUCAAUACUUCUGGACGACACUGCCACCUUCGCCGGCGAGAAGAAUGCAAAUCCAAACAGAAACUCAGCUAGGGGUUUUGACAUUAUUGACAGCAUCAAGACACGAGUUGAAGCUGCUUGCAAUGCAACUGUCUCUUGUGCUGAUAUUCUUGCACUCGCAGCACGAGAUGGAGUCGUCUUGCUGGGAGGACCAACAUGGACAGUCCCACUAGGGAGAAGAGAUGCAAGAACAGCAAGCCGAACUGCAGCCAACUCCCAAAUCCCUUCACCCUUCGCCGACCUCAACAACCUCAUCUCCUUGUUCUCCGCCAAAGGCCUCACCGCCCGUGAAAUGACCAUCCUCUCCGGCGCCCACACAAUCGGCUUCGCCCAGUGCACCUUCUUCCGUAACCGCAUAUACAAUGAGACCAACAUCGACGCCAAUUUCGCCACCAGGAGGAGGACCAAUUGUCCUGCUUCUGGUGGAGACACCAACUUAGCACCUCUUGAGAAUCCGACACCGUCGAUUUUCGACAAUAACUAUUACAGGGAGCUGGUGGCUCGGAGGGGGCUUCUGCAUUCAGACCAAGCACUUUUCAAUGGAGGAUCUCAGGAUGCUGUGGUUACGACUUAUAGUAACGAUGGCGCUGCUUUUGCUAGAGACUUUGCUGCUGCUAUGGUGAAGUUGAGCAGUAUUACUCCACUUACGGGGACUAAUGGAGAGAUAAGGAGGAAUUGUAGGAGAUUGAACUAGUUAUAUAUUAUAGCUCUUAUUCAAAAAUAAGGUUUGGAUUGAUGUACUUUUUAUGUGAUUUGAAUAACAUUGGAGUGGGACUACUAUAUAGACAAGAAAAAUGAACUUGUCUUGUGUUAUAUGUACCAUUUCAUUAUAAAUGUAACUAGCUAUUAAGGCAAAUUAAAUAUAAAGAUGAUUGGUGGUUUUGUUA